CAAGGCAUUUUAAGCCUUGCAUUAUUAGAUAGAUAUUCAAAGUUCAAAAUUAUGAAGUCCAUGGCACCCUCGAUUCUAAACCUCGUUGUACGACCACAUGAUGAGUUGUUGUUUAUCAUCAUUCUACUGUUUCUUUGUUCCUCUAAUACUUAUUGUGCAACAAGUGCUGAAGAAGCAGAGGCCCUUGUGAAAUGGAAGGACAGCCUUGAUAAUCAUUCUCUCCUUUCUUCUUGGAAUCUCAAUUCUACUAAUUCAACUUCUCAUGGUCACCAUAAUACCCCCUGCAAGUGGGUUGGGAUUAUCUGUAACGAAUUUGGAAGUGUAAUGGAGAUUAACCUUACAAGCAGAAAUCUGAAAGGUACACUUCAAUAUUUCAACUUCUCAUCCUUUCCUAGCUUACUCACUCUUGAUCUUUAUAACAACUUCCUUUAUGGAAGUAUCCCCUUCAGCAUUGGCAACCUUUCCAUGCUCAUCUCACUUGAUUUAAGGAGCAAUCUUCUCUCUGGAAACAUUCCUUCCCAAAUAUGCUUUUUGACAAGUUUACGUUUCCUUGCUUUGUCUAACAAUCAUUUAAAUGGCUCUAUACCACCUCAAAUAGGCAUGUUGGUGUCCCUUCAAGUGUUUUAUGCUUAUAGUAACAAUCUCUCUGGUUCAAUUCCUGUGUCCAUUGGAAACCUUACAUCCCUCACCGAUUUCAGAUUGUACUACAAUAACAUUAUCGGAACCAUUCCAUCUGAAAUGAACCACCUUACAAAUAUGGAUAACCUUGUCUUAAGCCAUAAUUUUUUUUCCGGCUAUCUUCCAGAUAAUAUUUGUCUUGGUGGGAAGCUUAGAUGGUUUGCAGUAGGUUAUAACAACUUUAUAGGUUCCAUUCCAAAAAGCAUAAGAAACUGCAGUUCCUUACUUCGUUUUUCAGUUGUGGAAAAUCAACUAACAGGGAAUAUAUCAGAAGUGUUAGGAAUAUACCCAAACUUGUAUUAUAUGGGCUUGAGCAAGAAUAAGUUUUUUGGAGAACUCAUCGGAAACUGGGAACGGUGUCCAAAACUCACGACAUUGAACAUCUCUAACAAUAAAAUUUCUGGUAGGCUACGUCCUCAACUUGGGAAGGCUACUCAAUUGCAGAAACUUGACCUCUCCUCCAACCUUCUUGUAGGUAAAAUUCCUAAGGAAUUGGGACAACUGAAAUUGUUGUACAUUCUCAGGCUCAACAAUAAUUCCCUUUUUAGCAAUGUUCCUGCAGAAAUUGGAAUGAUAUCGGAACUUGAAACCCUUGACCUUGCAGCCAACAAAUUGAAUGGACCAAUUCCCAUGCAGUUGGAACAAUGUUCAAAACUAGUCCAUUUGAACUUAGGGAAUAACAAAUUUAGUGGAAAUAUUCCCUUUCAAAUUGGGAAUCUGUACGCCCUUGAAAAUCUUGAUCUAAGUAAGAAUUUGCUUUCGGGAGAGUUGCCUUCAGAGCUUGGUCAUUUGGAUGAACUAGAAACACUUAACCUCUCACACAACAAUCUGUCAGGAUCAAUGCCAUCCACAUUUAAAGAAUUAAUAAGCUUGACAUCUGUUGAUAUCUCCUACAAUCAGUUAGAAGGUCCUCUACCCAACAUAAAAGCUUUCAUUGAAGCUCCAUUUGAAGCAUUGCAAGAUAAUAAAGGAUUGUGUGGCAACAACACUGGCAUGAAGCACUGCCCCAUUCAUAAAGAUAAAAAUAGAAAUCGAGCUAGAAUUCCAAUCAUAGUAUCCAUCUCAGGCACUUUAUCUUUAUUGUUUAUCAUUGUCGUGAUAUGUUUGACUUGCCAGAAAAGAACGAGGAAGAAGGAUGAACCAAAAGAAACACUCACUGAUGCCUUCUUUGUAGCAUUGAACCACGAUGGAAAAAGAGUUAAUGAAGAAAUAGUUGAAGCCACAGAGAACUUUGAUUCCAAAUAUUGCAUUGGAGAUGGAGGGAAUGGAAGUGUUUAUAAAGCAUUGCUAUCAACAGGUCAAAUUGUUGCAGUGAAAAAGUUCCAUGAGAAUGGUGGCACAGCCAAUCACGAAGCUUUCAAAUGUGAGACAAGUAUUUUGCCAAAAGUGCGCCAUCGGAAUAUCAUCAAGCUUCUUGGAUUUUGUUCACAUACAAGAUACUCAUUUUUGGUGUAUGAGUUCAUGGAACAGGGAUGUUUAGCCAAGAUAUUGAGUGAUAAUGAAAAGGCGAUGGAGUUGGAGUGGACAAAGAGAGUGAAUAUUGUCAAAGGUUUAGCAAAUGCCAUAUCCUAUAUGCACCAUGAAUGUUGCCCAGUUAUAGUCCAUAGAGACAUAUCAAGUAAGAACGUACUAUUGGAUGAUGAAUAUGAAGCACAUAUUUCUGACUUUGGUUCAGCAAUAUUACUUGAUCCUAAGGAAUCAAAUUGGACUUCAUUUGCAGGAACAUUUGGAUACACAGCACCAGAGCUUGCUUACACAAUGGAAGUAAAUCAGAGGAGCGAUGUGUACAGCUAUGGAGUUGUAACCUUGGAAUUGAUCAUGGGAAAACAUCCAGGAGAUCUUCUCUCGCCUCUGUUAACAUCACGAUCACCAGUUGAAGAUGAUCGAAUUAUGCUUAUGGAUGUACUGGAUGAGCGUCUCUCACCACCAAGAAGGCAAAUAGCAGGCCAAGUAGUCUCCAUUGCAAAGCUAGCAUUUGCAUGUCUCCAUUCAAUUCCCGAGUCUCGGCCAACUAUGAAGCAAGUUUCUGAGAAGCUAUCAAUUUCACCAUCACCUUUAUCAGAGCCUCUUCAUAUGAUUACAUUGAAGCAACUCUUUGAUCUCCCAACAUCUGCAUCCUAAAUAGCUGCACUUCCUCCAUAGGUAGAUGUACCUAUAUAUUGAUUGUUGCUCCAGUGCCUUGAUAGAUAGAAGGGAAGAGGUAAUUUUCUGUCUUUACAAUUCAUUUUCCAGUUAGUGGAGGAAUUACUGUGACUAGUUAGAACGACUUAUUUUUGUAAUAAAAAUAUCCUGCAGAGCUUGCUUAGAAGCACAUACCAACAUUAUGUUUUCAUCUCUUUGCAUAUAUAACGCUAAGCAGAUUAUAUGUCUUUGGUUCUGUUAUCAGAAUAUUAAUAUCCUGAUCUAGCAGUCAGCUUGAUCGAUCUCUAUCAUUGCGUUAAAGCUUUUUCAUUCUUUUCUGCUAUGAAAGCUCAGCUGCUAUUAUUCAAGAAACAUAUCAAGCAACAAUGUCUUGUUGAAUCCAAAAUAUGAAGCUUGCAUAUUCAGUGUCACGUUUUUCUUUCUUUCUUUAUUCUCCUCAACAUAGAAACAACAAAUUAAUUGCUUUGUCCUCCUUUGCUGUAUCAAUUUUAUCAAUUUAAUAAAAAAAUUCUCCCACAUUGUAAUAU